AGAAAGAAUAUGACAUCCAAUUAUCAUUCCUUACAUUACGAGAAUGAUGUCAGAUAUCCUUAUACUGACAGAGUAGCGGUAGGAGAGGAUUAUGUUGAUUUCAUCUAUCAAUUUGUGAAGGAUAGCAAUAUAUCCACAAAGGACUGUAAGAAUACUGCUAGCCUAAGUAAUAUUCGUAAUAAUAUAAUUGGAAUACCUAGCAAUUUUCCAAGCCAUGAAGAUUUUCUUUUGAAGAAGUAUGAUGUUGAUAUUUCAAUAUCUCCAUGGCAGAAACAAGUGCCAUAUACUCUUGUACUAGAGUUUGAAAAAGAUUAUUAUUUUCAUCAUAUUGAUCUCGAGUUUCAUGAAGCUGUAUAUCCAAUCAGAAUCUCUAUAUAUGAAGUAUAUAAUUUUGGGAACGUAACUGAAGUUUGGGCUCAAGAUUCUGAAGAUGAGGGUCGGUGGAUUUUAUUAUGGGAUGGACCGCCUCAAUUCUACAAACUUCGUCAACCAAAUUUUUUCAAACUUUUCACGUCGGAAUCACGGAUUUUUUCUCCAGCUUUACGGUCUUGUAACUUUAAAACCAAAAUGCUCAGACUACAGUUUAUAUCCAACUCUUGCACACAGCUAGAUGCUGUGAUGCUGAUCGAGAGAUUUUGUCCUAUUCGUUGUUCUGAAGAAUUCUCAAGAAUUGAAGAAGAACCAUUUUCUAUGGACUACUACCUUCAUUACUGUAAAUUGUUUGACCCUUAUAAUACAACACGUGAUUAUAAAAAUGCAUACUUGGAUAUACUUGAUCUUCAAAAGGAAUUUUUUAAAUAUUGCGUUAUUUAUAAAAGCGACAUAGCAACGAAUUUUCACAAGAGCAAGCUCGCGCACAAGCAAGUAUUUCGGAAGGAAGAUGUGCCAUCUUCUAAGCAGGGAUAUGUGAAUCACCCUUUAUUAAGAAAUCAUUGGAAUUAUGUGAAAUUUAUAGAAGAUAUCAAACUCUCUUCGGGAGAAUCCAAGGAGCAACGUGACAGUUUUUCUACGCUUUCU